AGAUUUGCAACAUGUAUUUGGAGUUGAACUCGGCUAUCGUAACUUUCUCAAAAUUCUCUAGAAUUUAAUUUCAUUACAUCGUUCUAAUUGGAAUUUGCUUGUAUGUAGUUUUCUGCCAUUCUAUUAUGUCACUUUUCGUUAAGUGUUUAGGUUUAUGUGGAAGCCUUGAACUACACGUUUAGAAAUUCAGGCAUGCACUCAUUAUAAAUACAUUAUUUUUUAUGUUACGCGAACGUCUGGGGAUUUCUUGAUUAUUCUGCCAUUUGUCAAGUAUCAUUCAUGUGAGGAGGAACUUUAUCUGAAGAUGGCAGACGAACUUAGAUAUUUCCAUCGGAGGUGAUUUUACUUUCAGACUGUGAGAACAAAAGAGAAUCGCGGUAAAAGUACCCGGCAGACAUGUCUGCCUCAGCAGACGGGCCCCUGACUAAAGGGGGUUCGUCAAAAUCUAAACGAUCAUUCAUCUCUCGUUUGCCGUCUUUUCGUAAGAAGAAAGUCCCUCCACCACCAGAGUCGGAGCUUGAUGUGCACUUGAAAAGCGCUGAAGAAGAUCUGAACGGCAUCGUGAAAGUACGACCACCGAGCCAGGGGAAAAAUCGCAAAGAGGAUGAUGUGAAACGGAGAUCAAAGACGUCGUCCAUUGUUGCCAGCUACGAGAAGCGGUUGAGCGAUAUGAAAGAGGAGGAGAACAGGUUUAAUGGUAGAAAGGACAAAACAGGAAAGGCGGCCACGCUGGGUCACCAUGGCAACAGUAAGUCGGUUCAUCAGGAUGGGGUUUCAGCUGCAAAGUCAAGUUCACGUUUCGGGUUUGGCUUCACCUGGCAGAAAAUCACCUCUUUUGAAAAUGGGAACACAAAUGGCAAGAAGACGGACGUUGCGAAUGGAAGGAGUAACGGAGAUGAACUAAAUGCAAAUGUCAGGCAUGGUACCACAGGGUCAAGUGUCAGAGAUCACAAUUUGGAAUUAAAUUUACCUCAUGGUUCACCACCAGACAGGGAGUCAACAAGCAGUGUUCGGACCCCGGAGAGCGAUCGCAGCUCCGUCAGCUCAAAUAUGUCAAACAGUAGUGCCAAAGUCUAUGGGCAGCCCAUGCCUUACCGGAGUGUCUUCAGCGAUGAGCCGCGAGGGAUCAAGCGGCAAGCCAGCAGCAGCCAAUCAGAAGGCUUGAACUCAAGCAGCAUUAGCAUGUCCAGAUCCACCUCCCCACUUCAUGACACCACAAAUACGGGAACGCAUCAAGACAUCUCAGGCAAGCAGUUGCAGUUGAACAGUACUUUCACAAAAGAUAACGGAACUGGGAAUUUGAGCCCCGAUAUCAUCAACAGGACAUUUCCGAUUGAAGAAUCCCCAACGUGCAUUGUGAACAGAACCUUCAAGCUUGAGCCCGCUGAAGACAGCAGAAUUACAAGUCAGAGCUCUGAGCCAACUGUCAGUAGGGAAUUACCGAAUGAAGCCCUGCAGUUGAGCCUGAAGGAAAAACCAAUUUCCUGCCCCGCAGCUGAGCCUCCCAGAAGCGGGACAGUGGAGAGAAACUGGCGUGACGUGUCUGGCCAGUCACAGGGCCAGUCACAGGUCCCGUCGCAGCCACUUGAUGAGGUCAUGCCACCCGUGCAAGACGCAGUCCGCCCUAGUGCCAACCCUGCUCGUACUGUCCCAGCAGAGACAACUGUCCCCCACUCCUGCAUCAAGAGCUCACGGCCGGACCCCUUUUUGUCUCCCAGGCAUCGGCUCACUGUGGGUGCAAUGGGGUCGAUGCAGUCAAGCACAGACGCCUACUCCACGCCAACCCGCCCCUUGGAGCUGGCUUACCAGCUCCGCAAGCCGCACAUCAGUGCCAUCAAGCACUGCUCGGAGUCACUAGACUCGUGCGAGCUGGACUCACUCUGUUCGGAAGACCUCAUGUGCGACAGCCGGUACCUAGACGAUGACAUGUUCGACAGCAGGGACGACUCGUCUUGUCUGCUGAGCAGAAGCCUGAGUGUUGAAGAAGCUGCAGCCAUGCAUAGAACCCAGCACGUCGGCGUUGUGUCGAGCCGGGGUAGGGCAGUCAGCGUAGAUCAGGCGCAGCUGCUAGCAACAAACUACAGCCUAGAGAAAAGGGUCGGUGUGACCAGGGGCUUGUCGCCCUCCCCUUUGGCCUUGCCUUUAGGUAGACGAGGGGGACGGAGCUUCCCCGCCCACCCAGUGCCAGCCGAGCAGUGCCAGUCGCCAGUGGAGGAACUGCAUUCGCUCAUUUUCAGUUCUAGUUGCCGUGAUAUGGACAGAAACAAGAAUGGCAACGCCAACUGCUCCCGUGUUCGCUCCCAGAGUGGGGGCACUGGUCACCCCUUGCGACCCCCCAGAUGGCCCACUCUACCCCCCGACGAGGAGGGAGCAGUGCUGGUGGACGCCACACUGUACAGACACAUGAUCCAGGACAUGACAUCAGUCAAGACCAUGCUUCUUAAACUCAAGAGGGCGCUGCAGACAGUUGACAAUUCUUCUUCUCCAUUUGAACAUUCCAUGGGCCAAUUGAGUCCUUGCAGUAGUCUGCCCACCAGCCCCACCAGCGAGGCCAAUCCCAUACAGGAAGUCAUCAUCGAAGACCUGAAGGAGGAAAACGCCGUCCUUCGGAAGGAAGUCAGGAGUUUGCAAGAGCUUGUUGCAGACACACAGCAGCAGUUGACUGAGCUACAUGUACAGACACACACAAUAAAGCCAGCGCAAUGCAAUGUCAGUACUCAGGUCACCAGUCAAGCACAAUGCACCAGUGAAUCCACGGACCAAUCCAUUCAGGUUAAUUUACCGACAUCUUCUUUCCCUUCCAAAGCUCCGCCCACCUCCAGUCCGACACGUCGCAAAUGCAGGGCAGAAGUCAGUAAGAUAAAGGCUGCGUAUGAGGAAUAUAUUCGACUCCAUAGCCUCAAGGUAAGUGAAUUGGAGAAGGCAUCCAAUGGGACUUCCCUCCAGGGGAGUCCCCUAAAAGUAGGCCGCUCCCCAACCUCAUCCCCAGAGCCCUCGCUAUCCCAGCUACCAGAUUCGAUGGAAACAUCCCUACCCGAGAUCAGACAGCACCUUCAAGGCAGCAUCAGUCCACCCUCCAGCCAGGGAUCCCCAGAGAGGGUACAACCAAGAAAGGCCCUGAUGAGCAAGAUUCCCACGAGUCCUGUCAAGGAGGCCACAGUCAAGCUUUCCAACUGUCCAUCAGAUUCCCAACAUACCGAUACGGCAAGUAGCCAAGCAUCCCAAAUGAUGCCAUCCUCUCCAAGCCACAAGGGAACCACUGGAGGAACCAGUCAGAGAGCAGGUGGUUCCAAGAAGCAAGUUAGCAGAUCCAAGCUGACGCAGCCCACCUCCUACAAAUCCAAGUUAGCGGGAUCUCAGGACAGUCUCCUGUCCGAGGGGUCACAGCCAGAUGAAGGAAGCCAGCUCGCUGAGGAUCGGAGAGGAGGUCCCCUCAAGCGACAGUUGCCCCAGCCCCAGCAGCCCAGGAGCACGGGGAUUCCCCAGAAACAGCAGUCCAGGGGCCAGCAGGGGUCACUGGAGCUCCAGCAAAAAGGUAUGCAGGAGAUCAAUGGCAGCACCGAGGGAAUCCCCAAGCCUAAAGAGAUCCGCAUGAUGCCAAAUAGGCAGCUGACAGGGAAGGCUUCAGGUUUGCUCCCGAGGGGAUCUUCAGGGCAGGUCCAGAAGGAUAUCCAGCCACAGGUUGAGAAUGGCAGUCUGCUUCCAAAGAUCCCAUCACUUGUCCCGAUGGCCAAGGGUACCACUUCUGCAACUAAACAGGAGCAGGCUUUAGGCGGAAGAGUUGUCACCACCAGGCCAGCUGUCAUAGAUGCCAACUCCAACCCAGUCCCCAUGCAGAAUGGGGUUUCUACAAAGCCCUCUGGCCUGCAGCAACCACAGUCUGUCAAAAGAGUAGAACAAUCAGCCCCAAAAGCUGGUCCCAUCCCAACUGGUCAGUUUGCCCGCCGGAAGCAGUCACCACCAGGCUUGACUCGGGACUGCCCCUCCAGAUCUCCAGACAGACAAUCAUCUGAAGAGGAGCAGGCCACGCCACCAGCAUCUCCCAAGACCCGAGAGCAGCAGCAGCAGCAACCCCGAGGCAGCAGGAUUGCUAUGCCUGUCCGUGGCAGGGGUGCCAGCAAGCUACCUCGGGGCACUGGUAUCCCUACGAGGAGGGUCAACAACACUGAAAGAUGAAAGGUUUCAGGGUCAGAUAUCAAUUGUAGAGAGCAUUGGCACAGGUCAGACAACCCUUGGUUGUUGGAAUCAAAGGAGAGUGUAAAUAAGAUUCGUUAUUCAUCACGAAUUUGUGGAGAAAUUUUGUUGGCAUUUGUUCAUUCUCUUUUUCUGUCCAUGCAUGGCAUCCAAAAACCCUGCUCAAAGUCUCCUUCGGUUUUGAAAGCUCUCUUUUUUUCAGAAUCCCAUGGUACCUGGUCUCAAAGUUCCAAGCGUGCCAAAGUAAGUUUUUUUCAAGAAACUUCACAGAGAGCUACAUGUACAUGCAGAGAGUGCAACAAAACAAAUUGUCUCUGUGACUUGCACACUCGCACAUUCCAUUCUGUCCUCAUUAGGUGUUAAACAAAAGAGGGUUGUAGGCUCUACGGUGUGUCGCUGACAUUUUACUUUGGAAUGUACAUAUUGUAUUUGUGAAUAUUCAUGAUGUAGCACAAUGUAUAGUAAUUUAUCAAAGGUCUGAAAAUAUUGCAAAGUAAAUUAAUCCACUACAUACAAAUGAAAUAAAGCACUUACCUGUAAAAUUACUAUCAAGCAAAAACUGAUAUGAGAGUGCUUAUUGUACACUUUCUCUAGGGAACAUUUUUGCACAGAAAGUCAUGUGACAUAGAAGUACCAAAGUGAAUACGUCAUGCACACAAUUAGUGUGUAAAAGGCAUUAGCGCAGACCAGCGCGUGAACCAACACG